AUGGGUGAGAAGCCCUUUUCCUGUGUCGAGUGUGGGAGAAAGUUCACCACCAAGAGCAGCCUCCAGUCCCAUCAGAAAACCCACACGGCCGAGAUGCCGUUCAAGUGCAGGUACUGUGGGAAAAGCUACUGGGAGUACCAGCGGUGCCGGAGGCACGAGGCAGUCCACACGGAGGAUCGGCCAACGUGCCUCAAGUGCUGGAAGCAGUUGCGGACAGAGAGGGAGCUCAUGAAACACCAGCGCGUCCACACCGGGGAGAAGCCCUUUCAGUGUCCCCACUGUGGAAAAAGCUACCAUCGGAAAAACGAUUUGGUAAAGCAUCUGAAAGAUCCAUGCAAAGAGUAA